AUGACUGAUUUCGUUUAUCAAGGCCCUGACUUUGAAGAGAAAGUCAAGAAGCAAGUAGAAUUUUAUUUCUCUGACAGUAACUUGCAAACAGAUAAAUUUUUAUGGCGUAUUUAUGAGGCCAACGAUGGAUGGGUUGAGUUGAAGACUAUUUUAACUUUUGGCCGUAUGAGACAAUAUCGUCCAGAAGACAAGGUUAUUGCUGCUUUGAAGACGUCAGAAAAGUUGGUGCUUUCCCCAAAAGAGGAUAUGGUUAGAAGAAAGGACCCAUUGAAAGAGUUCAAUGAAUUGAAGAACACCAGAAAGAGAAAUUCCGUGCAUAUUGAAGGGUUCCCAAACGAAAUCACCCAAGAAGACUUAGAAGAAUUUUUCAACACGAAGAUAAUUCCUAACUUACCAAAAGAAAAAGUCAUUUGUUCGAUUCGUCGAAUUAAGACCAGGUCCACCAAAGAAUUCUUUGGUGUAGUUGAUAUUGAAUUCAAGACCCAAGAAGAUACUGACUAUUUCUUGAAAGAAAUAGAAAUCAGCUAUCCUCAAGGAAUUGUUGCCAAGGACUCAGCUGAUGUUGGUGAAAAGUCUGUUUUGAGAAAGAUGUCACUUUUAACAUUUCAGGAAAUGAGAGAGAGUAGUAAAAGAUUUGGUGUCAACGAAGUCACAAAGAGACGUAACAGUUUCAAUGAUUCCAGGGGUAAUAAAAAGUUUGGCAAAGGUUUCAAGGGCAAGAAAAACAACAGACGUCCAUCUAAGGGACAAGAAGAUUCAAAUGACGAGGAAUCUGCAAAUAUCUCCAAAGUAGUUGAAGAGCCUUCGAAUGAUUCUGAAAACGCUGAAUCUGUUCCAUCUAAGUCUACGAAUGAUGAAGAAAAGAAAUCUGAAGCCCCAGAAGACAAGAAAAAUGAAGCAGAAAAUUGA